UCCAUUUGACAUAAUAUUUCAUCCCUUUUUACUGACUUUACUGAAAUAGAACAAUGUUUACAUAAAUUUACUGAAUUCAAAAUAAAUUAUUUUGUGUAAUAAACAAUCCGAUAAGAGAAUAUUAGAAAACAUGGACGGCGAACCAGAAGCGUUGUCUGAUACCGCAACAAACUGUAAUUUGGGGUCUGCAUCUGAAACCUUAUCCGAUGUAAAUCAGGCAAAACUUGACUCACUGGAAAAAAAAGCAGUUCACUUAAGAUUAGUUCUGGAAAAGGAUUUUAAGGCAGCUGAUAUCAAGUGGAGUUUAUUUGUAGCUGCCGCUUUUAGUUUUCGAUAUGAAAGUUGUCUCAGACCCUUUCCUCCAGCCUUCAUGAAAAAUGGCAUCAAGGAUAUGGACGAAUUGCUAAGUGUAAUCACGGAUGUUCCAGCCUUGGACCUAGUUCUGCAGCAAUUGGACAACCUAGAAAACUUAACUAAUAUUAGCGACAUUAUUGAUCUUUUAUUCUACGUGCUCGUAAGAUUAAAAGAACCAACACUGAAAACUAUUCCUCAGGAAGCGCAUGAAUCAGUCUUAUCUAAUGCACAUCCCAGCUUUGCGAAUACACCAAGGCCCCAAUAUGUUUUUCAAGUGUGUAAUUCACCGAAGUCUACCGCAGAAGCGAAAUGGAAAGAAUUAGCAAGAAACCAUCACACUUUUUAUGCAUAUCAUGGAAACAGAUUAGAAAACUUUUAUACUAUAAUGAAUUUUGGUCUUCAGCAACAUUUAAAUAAGAAUACUUUAUUGGGUAACGGAGUAUAUUUAUCCACUGACUUAAACAUAAGUCUGCCCUAUAGCCACGGAGGUUUCGGUUGGGGCGCAAGUUGUAUCGGAGGGCACUUGUCCUGCAUAGCAAUGUGUGAAGUUAUUGAUGCUCCUGAAGGAAUUAAUUACCAGAAACCUGUAACCAAUGAAGGCGAGUGUUUUGUUAGGGUUUUGCGACAAGGUGAUGGCAUAUACGAAGACGAAAAAAGCAAGAUUCUUGAUACUGGUUUGGAAGGACAAAAUCUUUCUCAAUACAUCGUGACAAACUGUGACUUGGUUAGACUAAGAUAUCUGUUAGUUUACGCAAAGCAGCCUGCAUCGAUGCGAUUUCCUACCACAAAUCCUAACGGACGAAAUGUUGGAGGUCUUCGACAAUGGCUAUCUAGGCACAAACUUUUUUCCAUACUAUUGGGCUACGGGUUAAUGUUGGCUACAAUUGGUUUUGCAAACAACCAACCAGUUCACUACUACUACAAAAUGCUAUUGAAAAAGUUGGACAUAGCAUAUAGCAGUGUGAAAGUUUGACUACCUACAUAAUAAUGUAUCGUAUUGUGAAGUGUGGUGAAGAUUGUCAAAUUUAUAAAGUGAUUUUAAUAAAUUUUAAUGAAUAAAUUUAA